AUUUCUUAAACUUCCAAUAAUAAUAAAAUAAAAAAUAAAAAAACUAUUUUAGUAUUAAAUCAUCAAUAUACUUUCUAUUUGAUGAGUUGAUCUGAGUUGUCCACUCCCCUCAAUUCCUUCCCAAAAGCUAACUCCUUUUUCCCACUUUUUUCUUCCAACAAUCUCCUUAAUCCAUUUUCUUUAUUUUUAUAUAUAAUUAUUUAUUUACUUAUUUAAUAUUAUUAUUUUUUCAUUCUCCAAGACAAACAAUAGGGGGGAUGCUACUACCCUCAUAGGGUGGCUCUUUUUGUCCACUCUUAUAUGCAAAUGGUACCUCAAAGUGCUUAUAUAUAUAUAAGCACUUGUGGUGAUUCUUACAACUAAAUUAGUAGUAUUAGUAUUAGUAUAUCUUCUUCAAGUUUAUGGCUAUCUUCAUUGGAAUUCUUGGUUUUGUUUUUGUGUUCUGUUUUUGCUCUGCUCUUUUGAAAUGGAAUGAGUUAAGAUACAGAAGGAAAGGUUUGCCACCAGGAACAAUGGGGUGGCCUGUUUUUGGAGAAACAACUGAGUUUCUUAAACAAGGUCCUAACUUUAUGAAAAAUCAAAGGUCAAGGUAUGGAAGUUUUUUCAAAUCUCACAUAUUAGGGUGUCCUACAAUUGUAUCAAUGGAUCCUGAACUAAAUAGAUACAUAUUGAUGAAUGAAGCAAAAGGGUUUGUUCCAGGAUACCCUCAAUCCAUGUUAGAUAUCUUAGGAAAAUGUAACAUUGCAGCUGUUCAUGGCUCCACUCACAAGUACAUGAGAGGGACUUUACUUUCAAUCAUUAGCCCCACUUUAAUCAGAAAUCAGCUUUUACCUAAAAUUGAUGAGUUCAUGAGAAAACACCUAAGUCAUUGGGAUAACAAAGUCAUCAACAUUCAAGAUAAAACUAAAGAGAUGGCAUUUCUCUCAUCCUUGAAACAAAUUGCUGGUAUGGAGUCAAGCUCAAUUUCUCAGCCUUUCAUGACAGAGUUCUUUAAGCUUGUUAUAGGAACUCUCUCCCUUCCUAUUAACCUUCCCGGCACAAACUACCACAACGGAUUAAAGGCAAGGAAAAGUAUUAUAAGCAUUUUGAGUAAAAUACUAGAGGAAAGGAGAGAAUCAAAAGAUAACUAUGAAGACAUGCUUGGUUGUUUGAUGAAAGGAAAUGAUGAUAGAUGCAAACUAAAUGAUGAGGAGCUUAUUGAUUUAAUCAUUACAAUAAUGUAUUCUGGUUAUGAAACUAUUUCAACUACAUCAAUGAUGGCUGUAAAGUACCUUCAUGAUCAUCCUAAAGUUCUUGAAGAAAUGAGAAAAGAGCAUUUUGCUAUUAGAGAAAGAAAAAAGCCAGAAGAUCCUAUUGAUUGUAAUGAUCUUAAGUCGAUGAGGUUUACUCGUGCGGUAAUUUUUGAGACCUCGAGAUUAGCAACAAUAGUUAAUGGAGUUCUGAGAAAAACAACUCAUGACAUGGAAUUAAAUGGCUAUUUGGUUCCUAAAGGAUGGAGGAUAUAUGUAUAUACUAGAGAGAUAAAUUAUGAUCCAUUUCUUUAUCAUGAUCCACUAACAUUUAAUCCAUGGAGAUGGCUACAGGGUAAUAAUCUAGAGUCACAAAGUCACUUCUUGAUAUUUGGAGGAGGCACUAGACAAUGUCCUGGAAAGGAGCUGGGAAUAGCAGAAAUUUCUACUUUCUUACAUUACUUUGUAACUAGAUACAGAUGGGAAGAAGUAGGAGGAGAUAAACUAAUGAAAUUUCCUAGAGUUGUGGCACCAAAUGGAUUACACAUAAGAGUCUCAUCUUAUUAACUAGCCUUUGUAUAGAUAGUACAGCACAUAGUAGUACUAGAGUUUUUGUUUUGUACUUUUGUAUGAUAAAUUAUUAGUAAUGCUCUAACAAAUUAGAAAUUCAUCAAGAAAAUUUAGAUUCUUGUUCUUUUUUGCAACAACAUUUAAGACCAUUCAACUGUUUUUUGAGCAGCAUUUUAUUUAUGUAGCUAAUUUUUUAUGGUUGAAA